AUGGAGCUCAGGAACAGCACUCAGGUCCAAAAGUUCCGUCUCCAGGGCCUCUCAGAUGACUCUGAACCACAACCCAUCCUCUUCGGGCUGUUCCUGUCCAUGUACCUGAUCACCAUGUUUGGAAAUCUGCUUAUCAUCCUUGCUGUCAGCUCUGACCCCCACCUCCACACCCCCAUGUACUUCUUUCUCUCCAUCCUCUCCUUGUCUGACAUUGGCUUCACCUCCACCACUGUCCCCAACAUGCUGUUGGACAUUCAGACUCACAGCACAGCCAUCUCCUAUGCAGGUUGCCUGACACAGAUGUCUGUUUUUCUCAUUUUUGGUUGUAUGGAAGACAUGCUUCUGACUGUGAUGGCCUAUGACCGGUUUGUGGCCAUCUGUCACCCCCUGCACUACACAAUCAUCAUGAACCCUAGGCUCUGUGUCUGCUUUGCAGCACUGUCUUGUUUAGUUAGCAUUUUUGACUCCCUACUGCAUAAUUUGAUUGCCUUAAGAUGUACCUUCACCCAGAAUAUGGUGAUUUCUAAUUUCUUUUGUGACCCUUCUCAAGUCCUCAAUCUUGCCUGUUCCCACACGUUGACCUAUAAUGUAAUCAUGUAUAUUAUUGCUGUCAUCUUUGGCUUUCUCCCUAUCUCAGGCAUCCUUUUUUCUUACUAUAAAAUUGUUUCUUCCAUUCUGAAGCUCCCAUCUCCAGAUGGGAAGUACAAAGCUUUUUCUACCUGCGGGUCCCACCUGUCCAUUGUGUGCUUAUUUUAUGGAACAGGCUUUGGAGUAUACCUCAGUUCAGCUGUUUCUCAUUCUCCCAGGUAUGGGUCAGUGGCUUCAGUGAUGUACACGGUAGUUACCCCCAUGCUGAACCCCUUCAUCUACAGCCUAAGGAACAGGGAUAUUAAAAAUUCCCUGAGGAAACUCUAUGGAAGAAUCCUGUAA